AAGUAAUCAAUCCACUUCUUUAAGUGAUAAAUUUGGUCUUCCUUAUAAUAUAUUAUAUUAUUUUGUGUCUAGCACAUCCAAUUCGCUCUCACAUCUUCUUGAAGCAGAUGAAUCGCGAAAACCAGAUUAUACUGUUUUUUGUAUCUCAAAAGAUAAUCCUUCUCUUGAAUUCGCAGCAUUAUUCUCAGAAGGUGCAAAGCCAGUAAAGAAAGAUGAAUUAAAAUAUCAAUUAGAUAAAGAACGGCUUCAGUCAAUAACAAAGUUGUAUUUUGAUUACAUUUUGGUUCACAUUCUAUCAUUAUACAGGAAAUUUUUAACAAGAGAAAUUUCAAAAGAAAUAUUAGCUAUUUCUCUUAUUACAAUGCAGGCAACUGUUGAAACUAUCAAAUAUCCAAGAAACAAAAAUGAAACAAUUUUAACUCAAGAAAGCAAUUAUUACUAUUCUCCAUGA